GUGCUGCAUGUGCCCGCGAGCUGUUCUUCCAUUUGACGAGAAGGAAGUCUCCAGGAACUGCGCUCCUGACUCCUUGUCCUGCUCGAUCGUUAUCUGCAGAAAUUGAGCGCAGCAAUCUUUGAACUAUAUAUACUCCGAGUUCAUGUCCGGGAGCGCUUGUCAUCUGUAGCAGAGUGAGCUGACCCGUUACGUUAUGGCCAGAGUGUGUGGCAGAAUCCUCGCCCUCUGCUUCGUCGUUGCCGUGUUGGCGGCGGCCGGCGUCGCCCACGGGCAACUGUCGCCGACGUUCUACAACAAAACGUGCUCCAAUCUCGAGGGUAUCGUGCGGUCGGCCAUGACGCAAGCUGUGAACAAGGAGGCGAGGAUGGGCGCGUCCAUUCUCCGCCUCUUCUUCCAUGACUGCUUCGUCAACGGCUGCGACGGAUCGAUUCUUUUGGAUAGCACGGCCAAUUUCACCGGCGAGAAGAACGCCGGGCCGAACGCCAACUCCGUCCGCGGUUACGAUGUCAUCGACACCAUCAAAUCCAACGUCGAAGCCGCCUGCAAAGCCACCGUCUCCUGCGCUGACAUCCUCGCCCUCGCCGCGCGCGAUGCCGUAGUCCUCCUUGGUGGGCCGACGUGGACGGUGGAGCUGGGGCGGCGGGACGCCACCACGGCGAGCCAAAGCGCGGCAAACAGCAACCUUCCCUCGCCGGGAUCCAGCCUCUCCCAGCUUAUCUCCGCCUUCUCCGCCAAGAGCCUGAGCGCGCGCGACAUGACCGCGCUUUCCGGCGCGCACACAAUCGGCCAGGCCCGUUGCGUCACCUUCCGAUCGCACAUCUACAACGACGCCAACGUGAACGCCUCCUUCGCGUCGCUCCGAAAAAUGAGCUGCCCGUCCUCCGGCGGCGACGCAACCCUGGCGCCGCUCGACGUGCAGAGCGCCACCGCCUUCGACAACAAGUACUACCAGAAUCUGGUGGUGAGGCAGGGGCUCCUGCACUCGGACCAGGAGCUCUUCAACAACGGGACGCAGGACGCGCUGGUGCGGCAGUACAGCAGCAACACGUCCGCUUUCAGCGCCGACUUCGCGGCGGCGAUGGUCAGGAUGGGAGCCAUAAGCCCGCUUACGGGGACGAGGGGACAGAUCAGAUUGAAUUGCAGCAAGGUCAAUUGAUUUGACGUGUUCCCUCGUCUUUGGUUCAAUAAGUAAAUUACCAAACUCCAUCCAUCCAAUAAAUCAUGGGAAUUUUAAGAACGAAAAGCCAAGUCAACCAUUUUCUUCAUCAUAUCAUCAUCAUUUAGUUAAUUAGAACUCACGAUUAAAUGGUUGACUUUUCCAGUUCAGCCAAAAAUAACUCAUGUAGUCUCACUAGCUAGCUAGUAGCCUUAUGUUGAUCCAAUCAACCUAGUUGUACCGUAUUAAUCAAUCAUUUUAAUCGGUAGACUCAAUUAUUAUUGCUUAAAUUCUAUCCCAA